AUGGAUCACCAGGUCGAAGAUCCAAGACCAAUCACUUCACAAGUUCAAGACAAAGACUAUACUCUCGUUUUCGCCUCAGAAGGACAGGAACAUGAACAAGAAAGAUUAUCGGAUAUUCAACUGAAAAGUUUGAUUCGAAAUGCCAAAAAGAUUGACCAUCUGAUCACAAUUACCACCGGAUCAAUUCAAGCCGAAAUCACAGAAGAGCGAUUGAAAAUGAUGGAUCGAGAUGAAAUUACCAAUAGAGUCCUUGAUGAUUCAUACAAAUUGUAUAAGGUCAAGAAUGAUCUAUUGUCUAAUCCUAAUCUGAACGAUGGGGAAUUAAGGCAAUUCGUUGAAGAGGUUGUAAGCGAUAGUAUUAAACAAUCCUUCGAUUUGGAUAAUGAGAUAACCCUCGAUACCAUAUUGGAUGGAUGUCCCUUCGAAAGUACUUCUAAGAUCCAAGAAGACGGUGUACAUUUAGUUCUCUCUAGUUCCAUACAGUCCAACGACCCUACCAAGAUGUAUGAGAAGGUCAUUAGUCUACCUAAGUUCCAAACGUCCCAAGUAAGACAAUACUUUUCAGAUGCCGAGAGGUAUUUUGGAAGUGAGACAGCCAACAGAUUGACUGAAAGUGUAAUUUCUCAAGCUCAAUCAAAUUUACCUUGCGAUAUCCCUUCCGACGAAGGUGAAAAAUGGCAUAAAGAUACGAGAAAAGUUGUGAGGAAUUAUAUCACUGAUGUAAUGGUUGGGGAGAGGGCAAAGAGGGAUUUACAAGGUAGAGUAGGUCAAAGUACACAACGAUCCGUCUCUAUUGAAGUCACUCCCAUCAAUCCCGCCACUCCAGAAAGCCAGUUCGGGAGCAAUAGUAAGGUAGGAUCAUCAACGUUCUCAUUGGCGUGGAAAUCCUUAGAUGGAUAUUUUGAGAAACUGCCAUCGCCUAUUCAUCUCACCAUUGAUUCGCACCCGCACCCGGAAGAUCAAGAGUCACACAUAGUCGAAGAGAACAAGCCUGCUGGGCGAAGACAUGAGACCUAUAAGUUGUUGAAGGGAAGAGCCGUAAGGUUCAUGGAAAUUGAGGAGAGGGAUUCUGGGAGUGAUACGGAAUGGGGUGAGAGAGGUGAAAGGGACUUAAAGGUGUCUGCUUAA